GGGGAGGAUGUGGUCGACGACCUAUCGUUCCAAACAUGCCACGGUUCCGUUUCCCGCACGAAAGUUCGAAAUCGACGAUUCACACCAAGGCCAAAUUCGAGUUCGUCCAUAACUCCGUCGUCGUCACGGCCGCCGCGUACAAUGCCCCGCUGCCGGUCCUGCGUCGCGACCUGCAACGCCGUGGUAGCACUACUCCUCUGUAGCAUUGUCGCGGCUGUAGCCGCCGAGGCCCCGUCGCAGGUGACCCACCUCGUCGAGCACCGUUCGUCCGGCGAGCUCAUGUAUCGCGGCCAAGUGUACACAAAGGCCGACUCACCCGUCGUCCCCUUCACAUCGUCUCGACUGCGCGAGUCGUCGCACGCUUGCCAAGACGAAUCGUACGUGACGUACGCAUGCGACCCGACCAAGUUUAUCGGGGCGGUCGGCAGCGUGAUGUUGCUCGUGGUCUUGGCCGGCGCCAUGUCGGGGCUGACUGUCGGAGUGCUUUCUUUGGACACGAUGCAUCUCUCCGUGUUGAAGAUGGAAGGGUCGACGGCGGCGCGACAUGCGGCGGCGCGCUUGCUGCCGGUCUUGACGCACCACCGGCUGCUACUGGUAACACUCGUCUUCAUGAACGCGCUCGCGAACGAAGCGCUGCCGAUCUUCCUCAACACGCUCAUCAACCCCGUCGCGUCGGUGGUGUUUUCCGUCACGUUUGUCGUGCUGUUUGGCGAAAUUGUUCCGACGGCCCUUUGCACGGGCGACCGGCAGCUCGUGAUCGGCGCCGCAUGUGUCCCGCUCCUCCGGGUGCUCAUUCGGCUGACGUACCCGAUCUCGUACCCGAUCUCGGUGUUCCUGAACCACACCGUGGGCGAAACCGCGUCGAACCUGGCGUACUCUCGCGACGAGCUCAAGGCCCUCGUGCAACUGCAGCACCUGCACAACCCUCGUGCUGGCUUGACGGCGGACGAUGUCGACCUCCUGCAGUGUGUCCUCGACCUUGGCAAACGAUCCGUGCGAGACUACAUGACGUCGGUGGUCGCCAUCACGGACGUUGCGCCUCCCGACGACGUACCGCUCGGCAGCCACCUCCUCCACAUCCAGUCUCCCGACGAUUCGGUCGCCCCCACGACGCUCGUGUACGCCCACGGCACGGGACUGUACCCCGUCACGAAUGGCGUGUGCGGCGGCACACUGCCGUACGUCGAGGUCGAGCCCGCGACGUCGCUGUCGUCGCUACUCGCGACGUUCCUUCGCCACCCCACCGCCACGAUAGUUGUCGUCGUGACGUUGUCGACGACAAAGGCCGACAAGGUCGUGGUUGGGAUCGUGCGGAGGCAAGACGUGCCGUUCCUUGAAAGGCAAGUCGUGCCGCGGGACGACCUCCACCUCGCCAUCGACGACACGACCGACACCUCGAGCAACGAAAGCACUAGCCCAACCAUGGCCCCCAUCCGACCGCCACAGUUCUUUGCGCCGCCCAACAAGGGCGGUGCUGUCGCGUAUGCUCGCGUGAGCAUCGUUGACGACAUGGAGGUCUUUCCCGUCGCAGCGACGUGUUCGUGAACGCCAUCGGGGUAAACCUUGUUGUAACUCAUGUUUGUCGAGUUUGCGCUCGG